AUGGUGCGCAUCACCGAGAGCGACCACGACGCGCUGGCGCGAGCGAAGACGCGCGCGGAGGAGGGCGCGGCGAUGCAAGAGGUCGCGGACGACAUCACGGGCGCGGACGACGCGAGCGAGACGUCCGAGGAGGCAUCGGACGGGGAGUUCGAGGCGGGACCGACGGUGUGGGAGGCGGCGGAGGAUGAAGAAAUUCCGGAGAAUCACUGGGAUUAUCACAUGCGGAAGAACAUGAACGAUGGACGCGGUGACUCGGUGGCUCGAAACCUCGCGUACGUGCCGGUGUGCAACUGCAUGCCGGUGUGCCAAGGGGAGGACGGAUGCAGAAAUCCGUACUUUAUGUGGACUAAGAAGAAGUGA